GGGCCGAGCCGGCACCGCCGCGCCGAGACCUCAGCCGGGGCCGCGGCGGGGCCGGGCGGCGGCGGCGCCUCCCCCCGCGGCGGGGCCUGCCUCCCCCCCGCGCCGGCUUGGUCGCGCCCGAGAAGAUGGCGGCGGCGGCGGGAGCGGAUGAACACACUCUGUAGCAGAUCUCUAGAAGAAGACGACACCUAAACAGCAAGAUGAGUGAAUGGGAGAGGAUUUUUAUGCAAAAUCUCACUGUUCCUCCACACUCCCAGCGGAGACGAAAUAUCCCAAAGGAGUCAACCGCUUUUCAGUGUGUCCUGAAGUACGUCGAAGGGGCUUUCGUUAAACAGAGAGUGACAGAAGGCUGGUCCGACAUUGAAUACCAGCUCCGCCUGUCCCUUUUCGAUGUCGCGUAUCGCCACUUUUUUGGGAAGACAUGGAAGAGCAGUAGGAAGCCUCUCCACUCUGUCCCGCGACAGCCCGCCAGAGUUGUCUUCAAUGAGACCGUUUACUUCCACACUUCGUUAAACCACCCCAGCAUCACUGCUGUUGUGGAAGUCGUGGCAAUAGCCAAGAAACAAGAUGGGAUCUCGCAGGAUCUGUCGUGUGGGUUCGGAAUCAUUCAUCUGUUCAACAGCAAGUCAGAGCCGACAAAUCUGGCUGCCAAGGACAGAGGACUCAAGCUAUACCAUGGGACACCCCGUGCGUUAAUGCAUCCACUUUUCCAGGAUCCUGUAGAAAAGAAUAAGUACAUGACAGUGAUGGAGAACAGUCACCUGCAAUACACCUUGAGGCCCCACCUGCCCCUGGAGACAAUAUUUCACCUCUUUCCUGAAAACCUUCUGAUGUCUGGGCUGCAGAAAGUUCCUGGCUUGCUGUCUGCCCGUGGAGACACAAAUGAUUGCUUUCUGAAACCACGGCUCAUGAAAUCAGUCACAUGCUAUCUGGAUAAACUCUCCAUCCAUCUGUACCCUUCUUUGGAGGAAUUCGAGGAAGAGCUGCUGGAUUUACUGAACAGUGAUCGUUUACUUAAGGCGAACUCCACGCCGGAUGGCACCGCGGUCGCCGUCCAGGAGCGACGGCUGCGCGUCGGCGUCCACAACGGCUUGCGCUUUGUCCAGGCGCCCCAGGUGGCCGUGCUGGUGCCGGAGGCGGAGGUGGUGCGGAGGCACUCUGCGAGCUUCCUCGGGAAGCAGGGCUCCAGCUCCAGCGCCAGCAGAGCAGGUCAAGCUCUGGUUCUGAGGAGUCGCAUUCAUUUGACCGAAAUGGUUCGUCACCCGGCGUUCGCAAUCUUCUUCCAGCUUGAGUACGUCUUCUGUGCGUCGGGGGGAGCCGACGGGAAGGCCCUGUCCGCCGCGCCUCUGAGCAAGGCAGCCUACAUGCACUCGGUCCGGUGGGCCGCGUGGAGCCCCUUCCUGGGCUCCGGCUCCUCGGAGGUGGCGGUGCCCCUGCGGGGAGGCACUCGGCACAACCCCGGCCACGUCCUGGUGUACAAGACCCCCCCAAACAGCGCCAGCUCUGCAAAGGUGAGGCAAUUCGAGUCUGGUACUGUCCAAUUCCACGUUUCCACUGAUUCAGAAGAACAUCUUGCAGCUUCUACAGAUAUCUUAAGUAAAGACGGAGAAGAUUCAGAGAAGCCUCCUACACCAUCUCCGCGUUCAGCAUCUUCGCCUCGGACGAUGGCCUCCAGCCAGGGCCCGGGGCUGUCCCUGUCGCAGCUGUCGGCCUCCCCGCAGCGCCGAGACGAGCCCGCUCUGCGGCGGAGCGCCGGCUCCCCGCGUCCCGCGCCCCGCGGGAUGCCGCGCAGCGAGCGCACGGUGAGUGCGGGCGAGAUUUGCACUGUACCGGGGCCCCGGGCAGCGGUGAACCCAGGCCGCGUGCCCCCGUUUCCCCGGGAGCUGGGUGCUCUCCUCUCUCCGCAGGAGCCGUCCCACGGCAGCGGCCCGGGCGGGAUAACUCACCUGGAAGCCGACCUGAGCCGCGGCUGCGCGGGCCCGGACGCCGGCGCCAGCGACCAGCUGCGGGAGCUGCCCUUCACGCCCGUGCAGGCGCCGAUCGCUGCCGUGGGGAUGCAGACAGGCAGUUCUAGCACUGUACACACUCGUGCCUCCCUGGCUCGCUUGCACGCCUCUGGCUUCCCAGAAAUCCUGGACUGUAACAAGGAGCCGGUGGAAAUCGCGGACCCCGCAGACCCUGUGAAUUUCAAUCCCCAGCUGGAAGAAGCUGAUGUUCUGCAAAGCAAUGAAAUAAUCCUGCAGUUUCUUGCUUUUAGCAGGGUUCUGCAGAACGGUUUAGAAGUGACGCGGCCGAAGACCGUGUUCUUCACCUUCCAGUUCUAUCGCUUUCCUCCGGUCACCACGCCGCGGCUGCAGCUGGCCGACACGGGCAGCGAGAAGGCGGCCCGGUCAGCUGCAUCUCCGCGCGUCCUUGUCCAGAUGAACAAAGAUGGGACCCUCAGCAGCGGAUCUCCAGGGUUGCAGCUGAAAUACAUGGUGGACCCUGCUUUCCUGAAGCCUGGAGAACAGCGCUGGUUUCUGUGUUACCUGGCUGACCACAGCCUUCAGAUUGACAUCUGGGAUGGAGACUCUUUGCUGCUUGUUGGGUCGGCUGCAGUUAAAUUGAAGCACCUGCUCCGCCAGGGCCGGACGGCCGUCAGGAGCCACCACGAGCUGGAGGUCGCAGCGACCGAGUACGAGCAGGACGCGCCGGUGGCGGGUGGGGACGUUCUCAGACACGGCGCCGUGCGGCCUGUUGGCGUCUACGUCGUCGUGAAGGGCCGACUUCACCUCUGCCUGGCCAACGUCGGCCACCUCUGCGAGGAGCGGCUGCAGAAACCGAGAUCCUUGCCCCCGUCCCGCUCCCGCGUCGUGCCGUCGCAGGGCAGCGCCGGCGGCUUUCCGGGCGGCAGCUUGUUCUCCGUGGGCGCGGAAGCGGGCAGGCCCGUGGCGCGGGCCCGGCGGCUGGCCGACGUGGACGGCGAGCUGGCGGCCCUGCUGUGCAGCCGCCGGCGGGAGGGCAGCGCGGCCCGGCAGCCCGGCCCCCGCGAGGCCCCGGCCGUGCGCCGGCGCAAGGCGGAGCGCAUGGCGCUGGUGCGGCAGCGGGAAGCGCAGGAGGAGGAGGAGGACGGCGGCGGGAGGAAGCCCCGCGUCGCGGGCGGUCACGAGCAGCGGCUCCAGCACUCCCGGGACCUGCAGGUCAUCGACGCCUACCGGGAGCGCAUCAAAGCCGAGAGCAUCUCCCACAUGCUGCGCCAGGCCAUCACCGCGACCCACACCGUGUACGCCGUGCUGGGCACGGCCGAGUUCUUUGAGUUCGCGCUGAAGAACCCCUACAACAUCCAGCACACGGUGACCAUCGAGAUCGACCACCCGGAGCUCAGCGUUAUAGUAGACACGAGGGAAUGGAGGCACUUCAAAGAGCUGACCAAGACCGUUACUCCGGUAGAAGAGGACAUGUUCCAUCUUCAUGAGGACCUUAGACCUCGGGUCUAUCUGCGUCCCAAGGAGACCAUUCACAUCCCCUUUAAAUACCAGACCUUCUCAGCGGACCCCGCAGUCAUGACGCAGCAGGGGCCUGCGGGGCUGAGUGGUGGUGACGACGCUGCCACCUCCUCGCCGUGGAAAUCUGGUGCCGCACUGACGAAGCACAUCAAGGUCUCUUUCCACGUGAGUGGCGGGAAGCCCAUUGCAAUUCUCCAGGUGAAGGUGGAAACGCAGCCCCACGUGGUGGACCACACCUUCCGGUUCUACCACCCAGAGCUCACCUUCCUCAAGAAGGCCAUACGACUGCCCCCGUGGCACACUCUGCCCGGUGCACCGGCAGGGAUGCCAGGUGGGGAACCCGAGAUGUAUGUUCGCUGCAGUGACCCUAACGUCAUUUGCGAAACCAAACAUAUGGGUCCAGGGGAACCACAGGACGUGUUCUUAAAAGUAGCUGGAGGACCAAGCCCGCAGAUCAAAAAAUUCUUUGUUGCUAUUUAUACGGACGCCUGGCUUGCUGCUCCCGUCCAGAUCUGGCAGUUCUACCUCCACUCCCUGCAGCGUGUGGAUGUUAGCUGCGUAGCGGGGCAGCUGACCCGCCUCUCCUUGGUGCUCCGGGGCACCCAGGCCGUCAGGAAGGUGCAGGCCUACACCUCGCAUCCCCACGAGCUGAAGGUGGACCCAGAAGGUGUGUUUGUUCUCCCUCCAAAUGGGGUGCAGGACCUGUACAUUGGGGUGAGGCCCCGGAAAGCUGGCAGCAGAUUCAUCUACCUCAAUCUGGUGGACGUGGAGUACCACCAGCUCGUGUCCUCCUGGCUGGUCUGCGUGUCUUGCAGGCAGCCUCUGCUUUCUAAGGCGUUCGAGAUAACGCUGCCCGCAGCAGGGGGGAAAGGCUCCAACAAGCGCAUCACCUACACCAACCCGUAUCCCUUCCGGAGGCUCUACUUCCUGCACACCAACCGGCCUGACCUGCUGCAGUUCAAGGAGGACUCCUUCGAGAUUGGUGGUGGGGAGGUGUACACCAUUGGCUUGCGGUUUGCCCCAAGCCAAAACACAGGCGAAGAGGAGAUUUUGAUUCAUAUCAACGAUCAUGAAGACAAGAACGAAGAAACCUUCUGCGUGAAGGUUAUCUACCAGUGAGUCCCAGGCCAGGUGCCUGCUUCAGCAAAACAGCAAGUUGCUCCAGCAUCUACCAGAGCUUCCCUCUGACAGUGCUACCUCCUGAGACAGCCUGACUUCCACAAACACCUCUACAUCUCUCCCAUCUAUGCACUUUUUAUUUCUGAAUUCUGCUCGACCGCGUUGUGUGCAAGCAGAUCAGCUGCAGAGCACCUCUGGGCCCAGCCCCGCACAAAGGACGAGCUCUCCUGUUACUCGUCUAGCCGAUCGCGCUGGGUCUCACUGCCUGAAUUUCUUGCGCGUUGCCAUGACGUCAUAUAAUUCUGUCUCUCGCCCUUCUACUCAAAAUGGGAAGUAUGCCUGUAUUUGUUACUACGUAUGUGUCACAACCCCAGAAGAAUGUCUAUUGUUAUGUAUUAUCAUGUUUCGGUGUGCAUGAAUCUUUUUUAAUUUAAAGAGUUUGCAAAUCGGAGUCCACAGGAUAUUUUUAAAGUAUUUUGUUUUCUACAUUGAAUUUUGUACAGACAGAAGCAGUUUUCUAAACACUUUAAUACUUUUUACUCAUUCUAGAUUAAUUAAAAACUGUUGCACAGAA